AUGAUUCGUGCAGCCAGCCGUAGUACUGUUCGUAAAGUACCAACCACUCGUGGGAUCAGCUGUUCUUCCAUUCUUAAACAAGCCGAGACCCCAAUUGUGAAACCAAAUACUUCACCAUCUAAACCACCAGGGAAUAAGAAGAAGUUUUCCUUUACUAAAUUUUUAUUUCAAACUACAGUGUUUGCAGCUACUGUUUACGGGGCUACAUUGUAUGCAGCCACUAAAAAUGAUAAAGUCUUAGAUUUUGUUAUUGACCAGCAAUUGCCAUACCAUGAAGAGUUAUUAGAUUUAAUUGAAAAGGGAUCUUUUGAAGAUUUAAAGAAGAAAUUUACCUCUUUACAAUCCAGAGCUAGUGAACAAUUACCAUCUAAAGAUCAAUUCGAACAAUUGACUUCUAAAUUAGAACACCAAGGUGAGCAUUUAUUAGAGGAGACUAAGAAGAAAUUUUCAUCAAAUGAAGAAAGUAAACCUAAAAUUACUUCAAAGGAAGAAGGUACUGAUACUACACCAGCACAACAAUUACAAAAACCAGUUGAAAUUGAAGCUGUUCAAAAAUCUGUUGAACAUUUACCAUUAAUCAAGAUUCAUAAUUCAUCAGUUGAUGCAUCUGUUAAAUCAACAAUUGAAUCAUUCAAUGAUUUAAUUAAAUCAAUUGAAACUGGAUCAGGAGGUCAAAAAAGUGAAAGUCUUAUCAAAGCAAUUAAUGAAAAUGUUAGUGUUUUAGCAUUAAAAUUAAAUUCAUUAACUAAAAGUUUUGAUGAUGAAUUACAAAGUAAAUUAAAAGUUUCUCAAACUGAAUUAUUAUCUUCAUAUACUAAAAAAGAAUUAGAAUUAACUGAAAAUUUCUUACAUCAAUUUAAUCAAGAAAAAACUAAACUUGAAACUAAAUUAAAUCAAAGAUUAAAACAAGAAAUUGAUGCUGCUAAAGAAACUAUUUCUCAAGCUGCUGUUAACGCAGUUACUAUGGUAAGAAUUGAUCAAACUAAAAAAUUUGAAAAAUUAGUUCAAGAUAAAAUUGAUCAAGAAAGAAAUGGUAGAUUAGCUAAUUUAGAAUCUUUAAUUUCAAGAUUAAAUGACUUAGAAAAAUUUUCAACUAGUUUAGAAAGUCAAUUAAAAUCAAAUCAUCAAAAAGCUUUAGUACAACAAUCGAUAAAUCAAUUAAAAAAAUUAUUAUCUGAAGAAUCUUCAACUCCAAAACUUCUUACUCCAUAUAUUCAAAAUUUAGCUCAAGUUUCUCAACAAUCCAAUGACGAAUUACUUUCUUUAGUUUUAAAAGAUUUAGUUCCUUUACUUGCUAAAGAAUCAAAUCAAUCUAUUUUAACUAAUUCUCAACUUUUAGCUCGUUGGGAACAAUUAAGUCCUGAAUUAAGAUCGGCUUCUCUUUUACCUCCAAAUGCUGGUUUAUUAGGUCAUUUAUCUUCUUUUUUCUUCUCUAAGUUAUUAUUACCAGUUAAAGGUUCUAAACCAAAUGGUAAAGAUAUCGAAUCAGUUAUUGGUAGAGUUGAACAAAGUUUAACCAGAGGUGAAUUAGAUGUUGCUGUGGAAGAAGCCGCCAACUUGAAAGGCUGGAGCAGAGAAUUAGCUCGUGACUGGGUCUUAGAAGGUAGAAAAAGAUUAGAGGCUGAAUUCUUACUUAGUUUAAUCGACUCUGAAUCAAAAAUUUUGUAA